UAAUUAAUGAUAGAGAUCACAAACAUAAACUCAAUUUCAAUGCCGAUUGGUGUAUUUGCAAAUGGUUUAUUGGUCGGUUGGUGCCUCUCUUUGGCUCUGUUUAUGCUUUUGCGAUGGUUUAGGCCGCAUUCCAUCAUCACCCACUUGUUCAAAAUCAACACUAAACCCAUCCCCCAAUUGCUUCCUCUACAAGAUCCUAUGAUCUCAAGGCUGGAGAAGCUGACAACUAGAAUGAGUCUCCUCGAAGUGAGACAAGCAACCGGAAACUUGAGCCAAAGCAAUGUGAUCGCAACGGCAGAGAUGGGAAUCACCUACAAAGCGGCUCUCACAAACGGCUGGCCCCUCGCGGUGAAGAGGUUCGGAAGCACCCUUGAAGCCGAGCACGAAUUCCUGACCGAAAUCACCACCAUAGGCAGGCUUAGGCACCACAACUUAGUCCCACUCAUGGGCUUCUGCCAGGAAUCCAAAGACAGAUUCCUCAUCUACAACCUAAUGCCUAACGGGAGGCUCCACGACCGCCUCUUCUCCACGUCCAAGGCCAGGGAGGAAUGGUCCGUGGCUAAGGUCGCAGUUGGAAUAGCAAGGGGCAUAGCGUGGCUCCACGCUCAUGGGGUCGUGCAUCGUGGGAUCACCUCUAAAUGCAUCAUGUUGGAUGAAGAUUUCAAUCCAAGGAUCUCGGACUUUGGCAAGGCUACACUUCUCAACCCGACUAGUAGUAGUUGGGAGGUUUCUAUAUCCAGUUGUAGAGAUCGUUCCGUUGGGUUGGGUUGUUAUCAGGAGGACGUUCAUGGCUUCGGGAAGGUGCUUCUCGAGUUGAUGACGCGGAGGAGGUAUGACGAGAUUGUUAAGUUGUUUGACAUGGAUGGUGAUAUGUUAGACCAAAUAUCGGUACUAAUCAAUGGAGAUGGAGUGAUAAGUGAUGAGAUGUGUUGUUUGAUGAGAGUUGCAGCCAAAUGUUUGGAAUGUGAUCCAUCUAGCUGGCCAUCCAUGGAAGAAGUCUGCACCAUGCUAACUACCAAAUUACACACUCAGAUUGCAAUAGAAUCUUAUUAGUUUCAAAAAUAUCACUACAAAGAUUUUUUAUUGCAUUAGGGUCAGUCAAUUUUUGUUGUUAAAUGUAUCACCAAUGAUUCUUGGUGUGCCAGAUUAAAAUUAGGAUGCAAAGAAGAAGUAUCGGUGAAUAAUCUUCUUAUUGGUCAAUGCUACAAAACCUUAUGAUCGAAGAUGAUGCUUUAUUCUAUUGUAUUUCAUUAUAGUAUUCAUCCUGUUAUAGGAAUCAGGAGGUGAAUAUACUAAUACAAGGAAAGAAUAAAUUUCUAUCUA